ACGCCAAAUAAAAACGCACUAGAAAACUUCAUUGACAGUUCAUUGACGUUUCCAUUUUUUUAUUUGUUGAUUAAUUUUUUACGAAGUUCGAGAACAAAAAUAUGCUGAUCUUUAAAAUAGGAUGCCUUUUGCUACUGGGUUCCACGGUACACUCAAUGGAGCUCAAAGCGCUCAAAACAAUAGUAAAUUUUCUCAAUGGAGAUUUCUUGGAUUCGAAGGCCAAAGAAGACGAUGAUACAACUACACCAACUGGCAGCGGACAAUUGAAAGGAGUCUCAUUUUAUAACUUUAUAGAUUACAUCAGUUUUCGAUACGAAAACUACGAAUGCAGUUUAUAUGAUUACGAAAUUGCUCACCUCAAAGCUGGUCGCCCAGAAGCCAAGGCGCCAAUUGUCGUUAAAUGUUUACCCAAUGAGAGUGUCAAUUCCACCUUGCUUAUGCCUGACACAGUCAUGGACAUAGUGGCUUUGCUUAAACCAAUAGGCAACUCCACGAAGCGCAAUGUCGAAGGAAGCUGCGUACUUAUUAUGUUUUAUUCAAAAUCAUGUCCGGGAUGCGCCCGAGUAGCCCCAAUAUUCAAUCCAUUACCGAAGUUGUUUCCCAAUCUAAAGAUUGCAGCUAUAGACGCUUACAAGUUCCAUAGUUUCAAUGCGGAGUUUGGAAUAGUUGGAUUGCCGACAAUACUGCUAUUCCAUCAGGGGCGACCGAUUGUUAAGUUCUAUGGCGACGAUUGGGAUUUCAGAAAGUUUGUAACUCGCCACACUGGAUUGGCAGUUCCUACAUAUGCAACGAUAACUUCGGAUGAUUUUAGAGGUCCGUUGCCAAUUGUUGCCGAAGAAAGUCCCGAUUAUUAUCUCUUGCUUGCUUGGGCUUUUAUAAUUUUUUGUGCUGGAAAUUAUUUCUCAAAGUCGGCAAUGUGCAAACAAAUGAUUGAAAUGAUUCAGAGAACUUGGAGGGAGUCAGAAGCUCAGUUGGAGCACAGUUAAAUUGAGAAAUCUUUUGUUCUUAUCCUUUAUUAUUUCCAUUUUAAAUAUUUAUUAUUUUAUUAGUAUCGAGUUUUAAAUAAAUGUGGUUAAUAAAAACAA